CAAACAAAGCAUAAGCGUCUUUCAUUUUAUCUUACAUUUAUCACUUCUAGUCUUCUGUCUACAAAGUUAAACAAGAUAACAAAACUUUAGCUCUCAUCUUUAGCCACGUAGUCAUGGACGUCGAGCAUCACAACUCCAGCCACAUCGGUAGACCAACGGUGGUUAUUCCAUCGAGAAAGCUUCUUUCCUCCGCCAAAUCUCCCUCGUCAGCUUCUAGUCCCCAUAAAGACUAUUAUUACGACUCAGACUCCGACGAUCCAUACGCCGGAGACCAUUUCCGUAUGUACGAAUUCAAGAUCCGACGGUGCACUCGUAGCCGUAGCCACGACUGGACCGACUGUCCUUUCUCUCAUCCCGGCGAGAAGGCUCGUCGUCGUGACCCACGCCGGUAUCACUACACGGGUGAAGUCUGUCCUGAGUUUCGCCACGGUGGUGACUGUACACGUGGCGAAGAAUGCGGCUUCGCGCACGGCGUCUUCGAGUGCUGGCUCCAUCCUAGUCGUUACCGUACGGAAGCUUGUAAAGACGGUAAGCACUGUACGAGAAAAAUAUGUUUCUUUGCUCACUCUCCCCGGCAGCUUAGAGUUCUUCCACCGCCAGAAAGUUUGGUCUCCGGCGGUGGCGGAUCCGCGUUGUCAUCACCCGCGUCUGUGUUAAGUAAUGGGUGUGGUGCGUUUUGUUCUCAUUCUCCGACGAGCCCCCUCUUGGGAUUAGCACGAUCACCACAGUCGUUGUCUCCGCCUCUAUCUCCGGCUAAUAAAGCCGCUGCAGUUUCACGGCUGAGUCGACACCGAUCUUCCGUGACUUACAAGGAAGUACUAAACGAGCUGAUUAAUUCUUUAGACUCCUUUAGUCUCACGCAAGCGGCUUCUUCGGCGUCCAUGCAUGCGUCAUCAAGCCUGAGCAACCAUCAUCAUCACCGUCUUCCGCCGUGGCUUGACGUCGGAGAUAGAGAUCUCCAAUUUGCUCUUUCACCUUCUUCUACUCCAAGUUACCUCAAUGGCCAGCUUCACCCGAGUUUUUUCAGUGACGAGUUUACACCACGUGGUGGUCGUGUAAGCGAUAUCACGGAGGCUGCAACUACAUCGGCGGAAGCUAGGGAUAAGAGUAGCUUUGAGAUCGGUUCUAGUGGCGAACUUGAUCUCGGUUGGGUGAACGAUCUAUUGACAUGAUCAAUGUGAAUGGUCGGAGACGGAAAGUAGUAUACGGUGACGGACACCGUCGUGGAGCCAUUGUCUAUUGCAAAUUGUUAAUUUUAAGAUUUUUUUUUUCUUGUGUUAAUUAAGAGACUGUACUAUCACGUAUUUAUUUUUAAAUAAGAUUCCAUAACUUUUGUAAAAUUGAUCUCUUGGAACUUGUAAUAUUUUCAAUAUUCAGAUCGAAUUCCUAUGUAAUGUUUACUUCGAAAUAUUCUAUAAGAAAUAAAGUGUUGUGGUUAA